GCGACGCGAGGGGACGGGUCGAAUGUUCGCGAAGGAUCGCGGAAGCAGCGCGGAGCUUCCCGAACCUUCCCGAGUGCGGCCCGGCCCGGCCUGGAGUUACCGGCUACACCGGCUGCCCGGCCCGGCCUGGAGUUACCGGCUACACCGGCUGCCCGGCCCGGCCUGGAGCGGAUCGGCGGCAGUGGCCAUGUCCGCCUUGUGCUACAACAAGAGCUGCGGGCAGCGUUUCGACCCCGACAAGAACAGCGAAGAUGCUUGCACAUACCACCCUGGCGUACCCGUGUUUCAUGAUGCAUUGAAGGGGUGGUCUUGUUGCGAGCGACGAACCUCGGAUUUUUCAGAAUUUCUGAGUAUUGGGGGUUGCACCGAAGGACGGCACAGUAAUGUAAAGACCCCAGACCCAGUCAAACCUGAAGUGAAGACCUCCCCGGAACUCACAGCAAAAUUCAAUGAAAAAGCUACCCAGAAGCGAAAACCAGUUGAAGCAAUUAUAAGACCAAGUCCGGAUGCCCCAAUGGUAAAGUUGGAACAAAAGGUUUCUCCAGCAUUGAAAAAAGUACUGGAAAAGCUAGAUUUAACUGUUCAUAAUGGACGUGAAAAUAAAGAUACUAAAGAAAUAAAGAUUGGAACCACAUGUAAAAAUGCAGGUUGUAAUAAGACUUUUCUGGAUACAAGCAGCAAUGAAGAGAUAUGUGCUCAUCACUCUGGAGUGCCCAUUUUUCACGAAGGAAUGAAAUUCUGGAGCUGUUGUAAGAAAAAAACUUCAGAUUUCAAUUCUUUCCUGGCCCAACCAGGGUGUACUCAAAGCAAACAUGUGUGGAACAAAGCACAUAAAGGCAAUAAAUUCAUACCAUGUCGACAUGAUUGGCACCAAACUGGAGGACAAAUUACAAUCACUAUUUAUGCCAAAAACUCCAUCCCAGAACAGAGUUAUGUUGAAGCUAACAGCACAGUGCUGAAUAUCCACAUCUUAUUUGAAAGGGAUGAGAAAUUUGAACAGAGAUUAAACUUAUGGGGUGUCAUUGAUGUUAGUAGGAGUCAAAUGAGUAUGACAUCUGCGAAGAUUGAAAUUACAAUGAAGAAAGCUGAACCUGUAUUAUGGGCUCGGCUUGAUCUACCUCCACCUGAGCCUCCAAAAGAAGCAGAGCUACAGGAAUCAAGUGAUGAAAACUGAAUAACUGGGAACAAUAUAGGAAUGUGAAAUGGGACAUGAAUGAGAAGGAGUAGAAAACGCAUUGUUAAAAUUGGUUUGUGAGAUUCACUUGCAUUCUGUUUCAUUUAAUACAAAUGUUUCAUGAACUGGUUGCUUUAUUUUUGAUGCAUACUGUGGAGAAAGACUUAUGACCAUUGUACCACAUCUUGCUGUAGUUUUAAGCUGCGUAGACUUGCAUUGUGUAACCUAUGUAACUCCAUUAUCCAGCACAUUAUAAAAUGCCCCAAAGCUACAACAUCCUCAAUGACUGAUGAAAUAUAAUUAAAAUUUAUCUUUAGUGCUUUUCAGAAUGUUUUACAUGCCUUCAUUAAAUCACAUUUUAUUCCUGUGAAAUAAUCCAUUCAAUUUUUUCCUAGACUUUUUAAGUUUAAUUCCACAGAUGUAAAAAAAAAAAUCAGUUUUCAUUGAAGGACUCUGAAGUAUGGUGGGAAUAGAAGAUAAUAUAAUGCAACUAAAAUUAUGGAUUUAAAAACUUAAUCCUUCUAGAGAAAUAAAGAUUAUUGGAACAGAGAGAAAAGCAAGUUGGCCUAGGUAGCGGAGAAUAUGGGGGAAGUAAUAGAUGGAACAAAAUGAAUUUCACUAAGGUGAAAUAAUUGGGUAGUUAAGAUUCACCUCACUUUGUGUAAUGUGUUGCUAUGGUUGACCAUGCAAAUAAGGGAUGACAGAAAAAUAGCCAAUCCUCAUACAGAGCAAGCUUGAGUUUCCUAUAAUGGCACAAUUAACCCCUGCAGACGGCAGUGUGGCCAGAUGGAAGAUCAGCUGAUUUUUAUUGAGCUUGUGAAAGGCCUCUUCAUUAGUACAUGAGGCCAUAGCCAAAGGUCAGUGUGUGAAUGGGAAGUGAAUUAAAGAGCAAGCUACUAGUAGCUCAGGAUCACUUCUGUAGACUGAGCACAGGUGCUCAGGCUAAUUGGACUGUAGCAACAAAGAAUUGCAGAUGCUGGUUUACAACAGACCCAAGAUGCCGGAGCAACUUAGUAGUUCCGGCAGAUUUUCUGGAGAACAUGGAUAGGUAAUGCUUUGGGUCAGGACCCUUCUUCAGACUGGUUGGGCUGAAUAUUCUUUGUUCCAGCAAUGGAUUAAAAUGUUGAAAUUCAUGUUACUGAUUCUGUUGGUUCCAUCUAUGAUAUAAAUUCCACAAAUUAUAAUGUUUUUAAUUUGUUACUUUAAAUAAAUAAGAAGGAUGUUGGCUGGUAGUGGUAAUUGCCAAUACCAAAUUUAUGGUCCCUAAUUUGUAAUGAGAAUCACAUCUUGCACAGGUUUGCUUCUAUGUGCUACUGUUCAAAUGCGCUGGAGGGUAAAAAAACAGUAAGUUUGUAAUAGUAACAAUGUAAUAAAAUCUUUAAUGUUUUUUCCAAUACUA